UACAACAAACCCCAAGCCAGAUUGAUACCCAAAACACCAUGCACAUUCAAACCUGCCACCCCAUCAAGACCCUUCCAUUGGCAUGGACACCAAGAAACAACCACCACUACCGAACACACCGCCACCACCCCCCACCACCCAAGUCCGCCGCCUCCGCCUUACCGGCGCCACUCAAAUCCCGAAAGACACACUCAAUGCCACCAGAAAAGAUGGAGAUUUUCAAAUCCCUGGAGUCUUGGGCUACUGAUUCAGUCCUCCCCCUUCUGAAGCCCGUGGAGGAAUGCUGGCAACCACAGCAAUUUGUGCCUGACUCGUCACUCCCAUUUGACGAGUUCACCGAUCAGGUGAAGGAACUCAGGGAGCGGACGAAGGAGCUGCCGGAUGAGUAUUUUGUGGUGCUGGUCGGUGAUAUGGUGACGGAGGACGCGCUUCCGACGUACCAGAGCAUGAUCAAUAAACUCGACGGCGUCGGCGAUGAGAUUGGGUCGAGUCCGAGCCCGUGGGCCGUGUGGACUCGGGCUUGGACGGCGGAGGAGAAUAGGCAUGGGGAUUUGCUCAGGACUUACUUGUAUCUUUCUGGUCGGGUAGAUAUGACCAGGAUCGAGAAGACUGUGCAGUACCUCAUUAAAGCUGGCAUGGACCCAGGGACAGAAAACAACCCAUAUUUGGGUUUCGUGUACACAUCAUUCCAGGAGCGAGCAACAUUCGUGUCACACGGCAACACCGCGCGUCUCGCAAGGGAAGGCGGCGAUCCAGUACUAGCGCGCAUAUGCGGCACCAUAGCAGCAGACGAGAAGCGUCACGAGAAUGCAUACGCGAGAAUUGUCGAGAAGCUUCUAGAAGUAGACCCCGACGGCGCAAUGGUGGCCAUCGGCGACAUGAUGGCGAAGAAGAUCACGAUGCCGGCGCACCUCAUGUACGACGGCCAAGAUCCAAGGCUGUUCGAGCACUUCGCCGCCGUGGCACAGCGCACCGGCGUGUACACCGCGAAUGAUUACGCUGAUAUUCUUGAGAAUCUGAUUGAACGGUGGAGGUUGGAGAAGCUGGUGGGAUUGAACGGUGAGGGGAGGAAGGCGCAGGAUUUCGUGUGUGGGCUUGCGCCUAGGAUUAGGAGGUUGCAGGAACGGGCUGAUGAACGGGCCCGUAAGAUGAAGCCUCAAGGGGUUAAGUUUAGUUGGAUAUUUAAUAAUGAGGUGGUUUUGUGAUGACUGGUGAUCAACGGUCAUGAUGAUGCACGUGACAUGCAUGUGACAGGAUAGACAAGUUUGGUAAAUGGAGAAUGUGAUGCUGCUACAAGUUUUGGCAUUGUGAGAUGUUUUGGUUGGUGUCCUAAUAAUAAUAAGUAAAAUGAACAAUGUGGACUUUGCAUAUAGUUGUUAUGGUGGAUGAAAAACUGGUGGGACUUAAAAUAUCAUGUAAUGUAAUUUAAUCGGCUUAUAAAAAAAGUGUAAUGUACUUUAACCUUA